UGAGGAAUCUAUUGCCAUUAGCAGGAACACAGGCAAAGAAUGUUGACAAUUAAAUAUACAAGGGUCAGGGGUCCCCAAAUGGAUAAAACUUGCAUUUAAUUAGACAACAGUAUACAAGGUUUUAAAGAAAUGGAUUAUUUAAUAAGGCAACUGGAGCACUACCUUCUAAAAAAAAAAAAAAAACAGAAUUCCAAUUAUCAGCCAUGAAUCUCUUGGAACCGGAGCCUCUUCUUGACAGCGGUGCUGGCCCCACCCUGAGAGCCUCGGCCUGGCCCCUCCCUCCCUCCCUCCCUGUCAGCGGCAGGGAUGAUGGAAAACCUCCGCACACUCAGGUGCGCCUCACACAGCGCUGCGCAAAGACGCGACGGAGCUCAUCCGCUAAAGCUCUCGCUCUGCUGCGACCGACGACGUCCUUCAUGGGAAACCAUUCAUCUUAAUCCCCAGGCCUGUGAGACAAACUUAACACUGAAGGUGCUUCCAGGGUCCUCGUCGCCACAAUGAGUUGGGGGGCCCUCUACGCCCAGCUGGGCGGCGUCAACAAACACUCCACCAGCCUCGGCAAGAUCUGGCUCUCCGUCCUCUUCAUCUUCCGCAUCACCAUCCUGGUCCUGGCCGCCGAGAGCGUCUGGGGCGACGAGCAGUCCGACUUCACGUGCAACACGCAGCAGCCCGGCUGCAAGAACGUCUGCUACGACCACUUCUUCCCCGUGUCGCACAUCCGCCUGUGGUGCCUGCAGCUCAUCUUCGUCUCCACGCCAGCGCUGCUCGUGGCCAUGCACGUCGCGUACAGGAAGCGCGGCGACAAGAGGACCAUGCUGGCCUCCAACGGCACCGAGAGCGCCGACCUGGAGACCCUGAAGAAGCGGCGCCUGCCCAUCACGGGCCCCCUGUGGUGGACCUACACCUGCAGCCUGUUCUUCCGGCUCAUCUUCGAGGGCGGCUUCAUGUACGCGCUGUACUUCGUCUACGACGGCUUCCGGAUGCCCCGGCUCGUCAAGUGCGAGCAGUGGCCCUGCCCCAACAAGGUGGACUGCUUCAUCUCCAGGCCCACGGAGAAGACCGUCUUCACCAUCUUCAUGGUGGCCUCCUCGGCCAUCUGCAUGGUGCUGAACGUGGCCGAGCUGCUGUACCUGGUCGUCAAGGCGCUGCUGAGGUGCACGAACGGCUCCGGCAAGAGGAAGCUCCCCUACACAGAGAGCGUGGCGAGAGACAACAAGAAGAACGAGAUGCUGCUGUCCUCCUCCACGGAUUCCUCCAGCAACAAGACCAUGUGCUGAGAGGAGCAAAAGGGGGAGGGAUGCACUUCCGAUCCAUCCGUGAACGUCCAUCUAGAGCCGCGUCGAAGGGAUGCAGAGUCUGUGUUACCGUGGAGAGGAAUUAGUUCAGCUUUUUAACGCCAAGCAGCGGAACUUGUGUCGACCCGAAGGGAAGUCGGUUUGGGUUAUAUGUUUUUUACACAUGGCCUUACGUUUUCCGCACAUGCGCUGUAGCGUUGUCCGCUGCCGAGUAUUUUUCAGUUCUACCCCAGGCCUUAUUUUUUAUUUUCCAUCAACAGAGAGGAGGUCGUCUUCUCACCAUCAGAGCAGUUUAACCAAUAGAAGUCGGUAUUAGUUUAAUCGGUUUACAAGUGUAAAAGGAAUCGAGAUAAAAAUGUGCAAUACUCCCUGCAGAAUCUUACUUUGUAAUAAUAAUAUUUUAUUUUGGCGGGGUCGAGAAUAUUUUUUCUCCCAAAACCCCAAACUCAGCAAAUAAAAGGUGCUCAUACUUUGUAAGAUAACUUUAUGUUUUCACAGAGACAGCCAGCAGAUUUCAGAAUACUAUGUGACACCUUAAUAAGUUUUACACUGGAGAUUUGUGUUUGACUUGCUGUAUGUUUAAAAGCACAACAAA